AUGCUUUGGGUGUUUUUAUUUAUUGUUGUUUAUAUUUUAAAAACACGUUCUUGGAUUAAACAGGAACAAAAAAGACUUUGUCUUCGAAAUUAUAUACUUCAAGAGAGGGAAACUAUUAUUGCACAAUUUAGUCAAACUACCAAUGACCUUCCAGCUUGGGUUCAGUUUCCGGAUAUUGAAAGGAUUGAAUGGGUCAACCGAAUACUUCAACAACUAUGGCCUUAUAUUGGAGAAUAUUCAAAUAUAUUUUUAAAAGAAUUUAUAGAACCCCAAAUACGUUUACAAAUGCCUUCGCCCUUCAAAUCGUUUAAAUUUGUGUCGAUUGAUAUGGGGGAUAUUCCCUUUAGAGUGUCUGGAUUGAAAGUUUAUACAAACAAUGUUGGAAGGGACAAGGUUAUAAUGGAUAUGGACCUUGUUUAUGCUGGGGAUGCCGAAUUUACAGUUCAGGCGUGUGGCUUUAGAGGAGGGUUGAAACAAAUUGUGUUGUCUGGCAAGCUUCGCUGCACUCUCCAACCUUUGCUUCCUCACCCUCCAAUGGUUGGAGGAAUUUCUGGCUCAUUUAUUGAAUUGCCAAAAUUCGAUUUUAUAUUAACCGGAAUAGGAGAAUUUGUUCAAUUGCCAGGAUUAAUAGACGCUAUACGCUCUAUAAUAAAUUUACAACUAGCCAAUUUGGCUGUUUUACCCAACAAAAUUGUUUUUCCUUUAGCACCUAAUGUUAAUGUUUCUCAACUUUAUUUUCCUGAACCUGAUGGAAUUGUUAGACUUAAAAUUAUACAAGCUAGAAAUUUGGAAAAUAAAGACAAAAGCUUUUUUAAUAAAAAGAAUUUGAGUGACCCCUAUUGUGAAAUACAACUUGGCUCUCAACAUUUUCUUACAAAAGUAAUCAACGACAAUUUAAACCCAAUUUUUAAUGAAUGCUUCGAGGCCGUUGUCGAUCAAGCAUCUGGUCAGCGUUUGCGUAUUGAACUUUUUGAUAAAGACUUGGCUGGAGCUGAUGAGGAAUUGGGUAGACUAUCCCUUCCACUAGAUAGUGUUCGUCAGGCUGGGGAAAUUGAAAAAUGGUACCAAUUAGAAGGCUGUAAAAAUGGGGAAUUAAACCUUAAAGUUUGCUGGCUCGAUUUAAGCACAAAUGCUGUAGACAAACAACGAGAUGAGUGGGAAAGUGAAUGGCUAGGGGCUGAUAAACCAAUGCACCCAGCUUUGUUAAUGAUCUUCUUGGAUUCUUAUCCAAAAUCUGGUCUAGAACCUUCUCCACUUAUAGAAUUUUCACUUGGUUUGAAAAAACAACAAAGUCCAGUUAAAACUAGAACAACUAAUCCUCUCUAUCAGUGCAAAUUCAACUUUUUUGUUAAACAACCAGAGGGGCAAGAGCUUAAAAUCCGAGCUAUAGAUGAUGGAACCAAAAGAGAAAUUGGUGAAUUAUCAAUUCCAGUUAGGGUUGUUAUGAAAGAGCCAAACAUGGAAUUAACUCAACAAACAUUUUAUUUACAACAUGGAGUCCAUUCUUCCCCUAUUGUUUUGACUGUUCGGUUGAGGUUUUUUACUCCCCCAAAAAAUAGUUUGGAAAGAAAAGAAGUGGCUUAUGGGACUGAUGUUCAUAUUGAAAGGGGAAAUGGAAGUUUUUUGUCAGACAAAACACUUAUAGUUAAUUUUUAA